AUGUUCGCGCUGCUGAUCUUUGGUGCAGGUCAUGCUGCAAUCAACUUCCUGCUGUUGCUUGCCAUACUGGACGAUGCGCUGGGCAUGAUCAUCAUUGCAGCCUUCUACCCUGACCCGGAUGCGCCAGUGGAUCCCAUUUGGUUGCUUCUGGUGCUUGGUGCGAUGCUCGUAACGUUCACACUUCGGAAAGCCAUGGUCAGUCGAUGGCAGUUCUACAUCCUCCUUGCGGCGCCCAUUUCCUGGAUCGGUCUCUUCAAGGCCCAUGUUCAUCCUGCCCUGUCGCUAGUCUUCGUUGUGCCCUUCAUGCCGGCGACGCAUGCUAUUGAAGCAUCAGGUCCGCAUGACCUAGGCCGCGUCUCGCACUCGCCGACUGAGAAGGACAAUGAGGAGAUCUUCCGCAAACGUUCUUCUGUAUCCUUAUCGUUGCACGAAGCUUACGUUGUAGCAUCAAGGAGUUUGAAGAACAUCUUCGGCAAGGAGGAGCACGCCCCGCUGCAUGUUUUCGAACACACGCUGAAAGUUCCGGUUGAUUUUGGCAUGUUUUUCUUCGGUCUUGCCAACGCUGGCGUCAAGUUGGGCUCAGUUGGAGGCAUUACUGCUUGCGUGGGGCUAGCGCUUGUUGUCGGAAAGACCGUGGGCAUUGCCGGAAUGAGUGCCCUUGGGCCAUGUAUAGGCGCGCCGUUGCCCAAGGGUCUUGGGAUGGCAGAUCUGGUCGCUACAGCAGCAUUGGGCGGGGUUGGCCUCACCGUGGCUCUCUUCGUCGCCAACGAGGCAUUCGUCCAGCCGGAGAUGCGGGGACAGGCGAAGAUGGGGGCCGUCUUGUCGACGGGCUGCGGACUAAUCGCGUGGCUCAUCAAGAAGCUAUUCGGAGGCUGGCAGGUUGCACAUCUCAGAAGUGCUGCAACUUCAGCAUGGGUGUCACAUUGA